AUGCUGCCCUUGAGAGAGGACCAUCGGUGCCUGCAGAGUGCUAAAGAAGGUACCCCGGGUGUACGUGACCUUGUCCUUGCAUGUCAUGCCACCAAAACCCUUGCUGGAACAGGAGCCCGAAAGGAAAAAAGUACUAAUGCUGAUGAGGAUCAGAUCAAGGAUAAGCUGGAACAGUUGAGAUGUCACUUUACAUGGGAGUUGGUCAUUAAAGACACUGAAAUACCUGAAUUAGAAGACAGGGUCUUGGAGCAGAUUGAGUUCCUGGACACCACAUACAAAGUGGGAAUAUACAACUUAUUGGCCUAUGUGAAACACCUGAGAGGCCAGAAUGAGGAAGCCUUGAAGAGUUUGAAAGAAGCUGAAGACUUAACCCAGCAAGAACAUGCCAACCAAUCAGACGUGAGAAGUCUGGUUACCUGGGGCAACUAUGCCUGGCUGCAUUACCACAUGGGCCGACAUGCAGAAGCCCAGAUUUACCUGGACAAGGUGAAGAACACUUGCAGGAAGCUUGCAAAUUCCUCCAGCUAUAGAAUGGAGUGUCCUGAAAUGGACUGUGAGGAAGGAUGGGCCUUGCUGAAAUGUGGAGGAAAGAAUUAUGAACGGGCCAAGGUCUGCUUUGAAAAGGCUCUGGAAGUGGACCCUGAAAACCCUGAAUUCAGCGCUGGGUAUGCAAUCACCAUCUAUCGCCUGGAGGGCUUUAACAAAGCAGCACAGAGUACUGAGGCAUUUUGUCUGAAUACCCUAAAACAGGCUGUCAGGCUAAAUCCAAAAGAUGCAUAUAUUAAGGCUCUCCUUGCCCUGAAGCUUCAAGCUGUAGGACAAGAAGCUGAAGGAGAAAAAUACAUUAAAGAAGCACUGACCAACGCGUCCUCAAAGAUCUAUGUCUUCCGAUAUACUGCCAAGUUUUACCGAAGAAAAGGCUCUCUAGAUGAAGCUCUUCAGUUCUUAAAACUGGCCUUGAAAGUAACACCCUCCUCUGUCGUCCUGCAUCACCAGAUGGGGCUUUGCUAUAAGUCACAAAUGAUCCAAAUAAAGAGAGCUACAAACUGGCAGCCUAAAGGACAGGAUAAAGAAAACAUCAACAGAAUAAUACAAUUAGCCAUACCUCAUUUUGAAUUUGCUGUGCAACAAAAGCCCACAUUUGAGUUUGCUUACAUAGACCUGGCAGAAAUGUACAUAGAAGCAGGUGACCACAAAAAAGCUGAAGAUGCUUAUCAAAAGGUGUUAUGUAUGGAAUCACUCAACAAAUAUAUACUGCAACAGGUACAUUUCCACUACGGCCGAUUUCUGGAAUUUCAAAAAAAAUCUGAAGUUGAUGCAAUCAGCCAUUAUUUAAAAGCAGUAAAAAUAGAAAACGCAUCAUUAGCAAGGGAUAAAAGUAUCAAUUCUUUGAAGAAAUUGGCUUCACAGAAACUUCAGAGAGAUGCAUCAGAUAUAGAAAGCUUGUGCAUCCUUGGGUUCAUCCACAAAGUAAAAGGAGAAAUGAAUGAAGCCCUGGAGUAUUACGAGCAGGCCCUGAGGCUGGUUCCUGUCUUGGAGAACUCUGUGCUUGUGACCUGUAGGCACUGA